AUGGCUGAGACUACUAACCAGAGGAAGAGAACCUUCAAGACCUUCUCCUUCAAGGGCGUUGACCUUGCCAAGUUGGUCGAGUUGGAGACCGAGGAGUUCACCAAGCUUUGCGGUGCCAGAGUCAGAAGAAGAUUCUCCAGAGGUUUGGGUGCCAAGCCAAUGGGCUUGAUUGCCAAGUUGAGAGCCGCCAAGUUGGCCACCCCAGCCAACGAGAAGCCAGCUGUUGUCAAGACCCACUUGAGAAACAUGAUUAUUGUUCCAGAGAUGAUUGGCUCCAUGGUCGGUGUCUACAACGGUAAGGUUUUCAACACCGUUGAGAUCAAGCCAGAGAUGGUUGGCCACUACUUGGGUGAGUUCUCCAUCACCUACACCCCAGUCAGACACGGUAGAGCCGGUAACGCUUCUGCCAGAUUCAUGCCAUUGAGAUAA